AUGGGAUUAAAAAAGUUUUUAAAAUUGAAACCGCCUGAUGAAGAUGUUGUAAGCAUUAAUAGAGAAAAAUUGAAUGAAUUGGGUGUAGCAAUCAAGAAUCCGAAUAAGAAAAAAAGAGAAAAAUUUGCAGCGUAUGGUGUUUUUGCUAGAGAUAAAGGGAAAGAAAAGAUAUAUGCUCCACCAGGGUAUGAACAAUAUGCUCUGAAGUUACAGCAGGAAAAAGAUGGUGCUUCAACUUCUGCAGAGGGGGAAGAUUUAAAUUCAUCUCCACUAGAUUCUAAUGAUAAGAGUAAUAAUAAUAGUAGUAGUAGUACUACUACUACUAAUAAUAUUGAAAAUACUGGUGGUAGAAGUGGCAACUCUGCCUCUGAUCCUUACAUGAAAGCACCAAAUAAGAGUGAUUUUGAUCCAUAUGCCAAUAAUAAUUAUACUAAUAAUUACAAUGAAAACAGUGGAGGUAACAGCAGUAAUCCGUAUGAAAAAAUACCCACAUCAUCUAACAACUUUAACAAUAACAAUAACAAACCCAAGUAUGACAAUCGUGGGCGUGGUGCUGCUGGUUAUAAUAAUUUUACUGAUUUUAACAGUGGUGUAAAUUCUGAACCAGUAGAUCGUUAUUAUGCAACUGGUGGUCCAUCAUCUUCUUUAGGCUCAGGACCAUAUGAUAGUUAUGAGAAUAAUAAAAUGACACCACAACCAGUCAAUGGUGGUGGCCAAAACGGUAACACUUAUCGGAAUAAUGGAAAUCCGUAUGGUGUAAGAGCAGCAAGGAGCACAAAUGACUCCAAUAAUAGUAGUGUUGGUAGAACGACAGGAGCACAACCGAGUCCUGGUGGUAACCCAUAUUCUAAUAUGUCAACUAAUGAUACUGUGAAAAAUGAGAGUAACACUGAACAUAACAACACUAGUACUAAUACGAGUAUGGGGGUUAAUCCAUACGGAACAAUGAAUACAUCCAGCGACUAUGGAGCAAAAAACACUAAUAACGGCAUUAUUGGUAGCAGCAAUGAGUAUGGUGUGGAAGACCAAAAUAAAACCACAUCUACUACUACUAUUUCUACAUCUACUCCUACCGGCACCACCACCACUACCACCACCACCACUGCGAAUCCCAUUCCUAAUGUUGGGAGUACUGGGUACAGUACUUAUGAAGAAGAUUUGAAUGCGCCACCUUUAUCUGCAAUAGCUACGGCACAGAAACAAAGUUCUGCGCAAGUUUUUGAUGAUUUAAACGCGCCACCUGGCGAUGGCGAGGAACAAGCAAUUAACUAUGAUCCAUCUACGACAGUUGCUUUAGAACAGGACGGCGAAUUUCAGAGCAAUAUUGGCAAUGGUGGGGAUGAUUUGAACGGUUCUAUCCAUGAUAGUCAACAAUACCAGUCGUAUGAUCCCAAUCAAAAUCAAAACCAGGACUAUGGUUAUGAUUACCAAGCUGGCAUUAAUGAUACAGGGUACAAGACAUUUGAGCAAUUGCAAGAGGAAGAAAGACAAAAACAGCAACAACAAGAAGACGAGGAAGUGGAUGAGAUCAAGCAACAAAUUAGAUUUACCAAACAAUCGUCAGUGGCCUCAACUAGAAAUACAUUGAAAAUGGCACAAGAAGCAGAAAUGGCUGGGAUGAAUACCCUAGGUAUGCUAGGGCAUCAAAGUGAGCAGUUAAAUAAUGUAGAAAAUAACCUAAUGUUAAUGAAUGUUCAAAAUAGAGAAGCCGAAGAUAAAGUUAAGGAGUUGAAAAAACUAAAUAGAAGCAUAUUGGCUGUGCAUGUAAGUAAUCCAUUCACUUCUAAGCGAAGGUUAAGAGAGCAAGAAGAUCGUAUUAAAACACAGAGAAUGCAAGAUAAACUGGAACAACAACAAUUAAAUAAUGGCCUUUACAACUCCAGUAGAAGAAUAGAGGGCGCGUUUGAUGAGAAUGUUCAUUCGAUCAACAAUGCCAGCGUAAGAGAACGAUACCAAAGACAAGAAGCUUUGAAUCGUUCAAAAAAAUACCAAUUUGAAAAUGAUGAAGAAGAUGAUGAAAUGGAAUUAGAAAUUGACCGUAAUUUGGAUAAAAUUGGACAAAUUAGUGGCAGAUUAAGAAAGUUGGCACUUGCCACCGGUCAGGAAGUUGAUGGCCAACAAGAACGUAUUAAAAAGAUUGAAGAGGAUACCGACAAUUUGGAUAUUAACAUCCAUUUGAAUACAACAAGAUUAACUAACAUUAGAUGA